AUCAUCACCAGAGAUCUAGCCCAGAAGAUCAGCAGCGAAUUGAAACGCUACAGCAUCCCGCAGGCAGUCUUCGCACAGAGGGUCCUCUGCCGCAGUCAGGGAACCCUCAGCGACCUCCUACGCAACCCCAAGCCCUGGAGCAAGUUGAAGUCCGGUAGGGAGACGUUCAGGAGAAUGUGGAAGUGGCUACAAGAGCCUGAGUUCCAGAGGAUGAGUGCACUUAGACUGGCAGGUCAUUGUUCAUCGUCGUCUCAUCACGCAUCCAACAACAACAACAGCAACGCAAACAACAACAACAGCAACAAAAAACCGCGGCUCGUCUUCACGGACAUUCAACGCCGCACACUGCUGGCGAUCUUCCGCGAGACACGUCGUCCCAACAAAGAGAUGCAAGCGACCAUCGCCGACCAACUCGGUCUCAAAGUUUCAACUGUGGCCAACUUUUUCAUGAACGCCAGA